UGAUCCAAGAAGUUCCAACACGUUGGAACAGUGGGUUGCAUAUGCUAAAGCGAGUUCUCCUUGUAAGGGAACACAUUUGCACAGUCCUUUUAAAUACAUCAAAGGCACCAUUGCCCUUAAACGAGGAUCAAUUUGAUUCCAUGAAGGAGAUAUGCAGCGUAUUGGACCAUUUUGAAGCGACUACAUUAAACACUUCGUCUGCUAAAUCCACCACAGUAAACUUAAUUAUACCCACGACACUCGGCCUUAUGAUUAAGGUGGACAGUGCCCAGGUAUGAAAACAACUGUGGGGGUCGAAAUUUGCCAUUUUCUACAAACCCGUCUGAGGGAAAGACUCGCACCUUAUGAAGCCCGAACAGGUACGCGACUAGCGACUAUGCUGGAUCCACGCUACAAAAAGGAGGGUUUUCGCGAGCAGAGUAAUGCUGAACAUGCAGCCAAACUAUUGGAGACAGAAGUUGCGUGUGUAUUGCGAAAUGUGCAAAAAAGCAGUAUUCUACCUACAUAUGAAGAACCGCCGGUUAACAAGGAGGACGCUAGUCAUAUCUACUGUUUUAUAACUACUAAAAUUAAGCAAAAACCGAAGACUGUUCGAUCUGACGCUAUAAUUGAGCUGCGUCAAUAUUUUGAGCAGCAGAAUGCCAUGCAAGAAGCAGAUCCGCCAGAAUAUUGGAAGAGCAAUGAAGCCCACUUUAGUUCACUAGCGCAUUUAUCGACACGUCGGACUGAGCACAGUACCGAAUUGUCUGCUGGAUAG